AUGACGACGCAGCCAGCCGUCCAAUUGAGAGAUCUCUCCCCCGCUGCAGCUCGGGAACACGACUCUUCCAACAUCAUGCACGAUGCGUUCGAAGCCAGUCAAGACGAAGGAUCAGCUACAAGAGCGAGAGAGUCAAAUCGCCAAAAAGCUCUCGUGAUCUUGGGCACUGCCAUCUCGCAGCUACCAAUCUGGGGCUUUGCGAUGAGCUAUGGUGUUUUCCAGGAAUACUUCUCCGGCAACUGGACCUUGCAAGGCAGCCGAGACGUGACCGGUAUCAUUGGCACGACCUCCAACGGUGUCAUGUACUUGUCCAUGCCCUUCUUGUUCGCCCUGUUCACCAAGCACUGGGCUCAUUGGCGACAAACCGCCGCCUUUGCCGGCGCCGUGCUCGCCGGUCUCGGGUUUCUCUUAUCCUCCUUCAGCACCCAUGUCUGGCACCUCGUAGCUACCCAAGGUGUCAUCGCUGCUCUAGGAUGUGCUCUCAUGUACAGCCCCAUGACGCUGUCUCUCGGAGAGUGGUUCACCACCGGCAACCGGGCCCUCGCGUACGGCGUCGCCCUCUCCUGCAAGAACAUUUCCGGAUCCGCCUGCCCAUUCCUCUUCCGCUUCCUCCUCGAGCAGUACGGCCUCGGCACCACGAUGAGAAUAUGGACGGCGAUGGCCGCCGUGUCCGGGGCCGUCUCCAUCUUCCUCGUCCCGGCGCAUCCAUCCAGCCUGACGCCAACGGAAACGCACCGCGCGCGGAGGAUGCCGCUGCACUUCCUCAAGCACAGGACCAUCUACGUGUACGCCAUCGCCAUCGCGCUCCAGAGCUCGGGUUACGGCAUCUCCCAGACCUACCUCAACACGUACGCGCACGACUUCACCAUGCUCUCACAGAACUCUGCCACCCUGCUCCUCACGCUGUACAACAUCCCCGGGAUUCUCGCGUCGUCCUUCUUCGGGUACCUCGCCGAUACUAACAAGCGAUUCGUCCUUUCCACGACGACCGUCACGGCGAUAUCGGCUUUCGGCUCCGCGCUGUCGGCUCUCCUCUUCUGGGGUCUGACGAGCAAGGGGAACAUGGCCCUCCUCGCCGUGUUCUCCAUCACCUUUGGCUUCUUCGCGGGCGGGUACAGCGCGACAUGGGGCGGCAUCAUCACCGAUUUCGAGCGCGAGGCCGCCAACGGGAACGAGGCCAUCGACUCAGGGCUCAUGUACGGCCUGCUGAACGGGGCACGAGGCGUGGGCUACGUGAGCGGCGGGUUGGCGAGUGUGUCGCUGCUCAAGGCCGGGACUGGCAUGGCGCUCUCCUCGAAUGGGCAUUUUGGCCUGGAGAGCGCGUAUGGGCCGCUGAUUAUCUUCACGGGGCUUUCGUCCGCCUUUGGUGGGUGGGCUGUGUUUUGGAAGUGA